ACUGCUGGGGCUAGACAGGUCGAGGAAUUCAGAAAGCGCAUUUUGGCAGAUUCGAGGACGCAUACGCAGGAUAGGAAGCUCCGAGGACGCAUAUGUAGGAUAGGAGUCUCCACACACACCCUUUGUGACGUACCGCACUGUAACACUCUCUCCCUGGGGCUCGUCAUUGCGUAUACUACUUUGAACUCCCCCCCGCCUUCUAAGCAGUAAGAGACGGCAAGGGGAGAGGCGAGAGCAGUUGGGUGGGAGGCGCGAGAGUAGUGAGGAGGCGUGGCGAAGUGAAGGAGCCAUGGUCGCGAGAGAGGUUCCAUUGACUUGAGCGCUGUAUUCGGUAGAGUGUUCGACGUGACAGCUGAUUGUAGUUUUUUUUCAGGUUCUACCGAAGAUGCCAUGGCCGACAAAGAGGUUCGACUGGCGAGAGCGCUGGAUUUGCUAGAGUUUUCAACUUGACGGCUGAUUGCAGGAUUUCUUAGAAUCGUCGGACGGAGGAGGCAUGGACGAGAGAGUGAUUCGACUGGCGCGAGCCACGGGAUGCCUCGUUCGGGUGCAGGGGCCCGUGAGUCAUUCACUCGUCCGAUUUGAAUUGGUUUUUGAGAAUUCUCAGAAACGAGUCCCUUAGCCGUGUCCUUACGUUCCUCAGCGAUCCUUAUUCUGUUCAGCUGUCUGUGCUUUUUGUGGCAAUUUAAUGGAUGACCGCCAACAUUUUUUGUGUCACCCCCAGUGGCGCAUCCUCAGUUUGCUUAUGUUGAGUGGAAUUGCCUUGCGUUGACUGGCGUUGACUCGGGUUUACUUACUUUGACCCAUGUUGACUGCAGGACCCCAAGGGUCGGAAGCUGCUGCGAUAUGACUUUUACCAGGCCAGGUAAGCAACAAGCGAGUGAGCGGCAGAGCCAUCCGUGUCAGCGUCUGCCAUUGGCGCUUGGAGGAAUGCUGGAUGGAGGCGACACUUGACUUGAAGCAAUCUCCCCUCGCCCCGCUCCUCCCCUUUCAAACCAGCAGUGGCACGGCCUCUGUGACAGCGUCUGGCGUUCUGCUGCCCGGGGGAGUGGGCCUAUGAAACAUCUUCAUCCCUCCCCUCCCGUCCACCUCCCUUCUUCUCCCCACCUCAACCAGCAACGGCACGACCUCGGUGUCAGCGUCUGGCGUUCUGCUGCCCGGGGCAAUGCUGGACGCGGGCAGGCGAUUAGACGAAGGUGCAGUGGAGGGAGGGGGGGGUGGGAGCGACGAGUGGGAUGGAGAGGAGGUGACUGUGCUUGUGCCUGGCAAGAUUCUUCGUUCCUUUGUGUUGCAGCAGCCGCUCAAGUACCAAUCUGUGGCACAGCAGCGCUGGCAGCUUCAGCGGCAGCCGCAGCAGCAGCAGCAGCAGCAGCGAUGUCCCUUGGCUCCCCAUCUGCUCCCUGGCACCCGCAUCGACAUUACCUUUGAGUGUGCAACUGCUCCCGGAUCGUCACUGCCAUCCACGCUGCCUGCAGAGCUCCUUCGCUUUGUCGAUCUUCCAACCGUCAAUUCCGACCUUAUGUCUCUGCAGACCCCUGCUGCACACUGUGCACCCGGCUCCUCCUCCGCCUCCUCCCUUUCCAACUCCUCCUGUCCCGCACCACCUACAGCAGCAGCAGCAGCAACAGCAGAACCAGUAGAAUUUGCUGUGCUUCAAAUCAGUUGUGGGCAGCAAAUCGGUUCAACAGCAGCACCACCACCACCAGCAAAAGCAGCGGCAGCAGCUGAUGCUUUGAGGGGCAUGGUGCAUGAACAGCUAAGGUUGCGGCAUGCGUUAAAGGUCAGCCCCCCAUCCAUCUCUGCCAAUGACACGUCAACACCUGGCAGUCCUGUCCUGUUGCUUGGCUCCCCAUUCGGAGUGCUGGCGCCCACUCUAUUCGCCAACAGCCUGUCAUCGGGGAUAGUGUCAGCAGUGUUACCUGCAGGGCUCCUGGCUCUCGAUCUGCCCUUCCUGCCAGGCAUGGAGGGGGCACCAGUGUUUGAUGCCUCUGGAUCCAUGAGGGCCAUACUCUUGCCACCCAUUAUCACCAUGAAGCAUCACCUCAUGACGUCAGCAACCAUCACUAUCCCGGUUGCUGCCUCUGCCUCAUUAAUAGCAUCUGCCAUCCAAUCAGUGGCCGCCACGUCAUCCCACACCCACGACUCUGCAACCACCCAGCUACUAUCCCAGCAGCCCCGGGUUUCAGCUCUUGAGGGCACACCCCUUCAAAAGAUCAAUCCUAUGGUACCAUUUCAAGCAGUCCACGGAGCACCUUCUGGUCUAGAUGCUACUAUUGAGGCGCAUAAAAACCUUGACUCGUGUGGUCUAGAUUCUGAAAUUGAAAUGGUGCCUGCGGUGGGUUGUGGGGAGUCACAGGGAAUCGGAGGAAUGGGGGGAGGGGGGAUUGAGGGAGACGUUAUAGGAGCAAGAGCAGGGGAAGGAGAAGGGGCAGCAGGAGGAGUGGUAGCGGCAGUGGCAGCAGCGCUACCAUCGGUGGUGGGAGGAGGAAGAGAAGGAGAACGAGAAAUAAGAGCAGGAAGUGGUGGGGCAGGAGAAGGGACAGCUGGGGUAGUUAGAGCAGUGGCAGCGGCGCUACCAUCAGUGGUCGGGAUAGUGGUGGGCGGAACGGUGUGGGGCUCUGGAGUGAUCAUAUCGCCCUCUGGACUCAUACUCACCAAUGCACACAUCCUCACUCCCUUGCUCAAACACCACCAACCACGCCACGGAAUCCACUCCACCUCCACGUCUUCUUCCCCCUCCCUCUCCUCUCCUCCCUCCACCUCUCCCCCCUCCUCCUCCUCUUCCUCCCUCUCCUCCUCGUCCCCUUUCGCAUCCCCCUCAUUGGACCUCCUCUCGUCUCCCCCGUCGCACGACAUAUGGGUCCGAGUUUCCUCUUCCUCCUCCUCCUCCUCACCCUCCUCCUCCCCACUCUCCUCCCCAAUCUCCUCCUCCCCAAUCUCCUCCUCCCCACUCUCCUCCUCCCCGCGUGCCUCAUGGGUGCGUGCAGGCAUCAUUUACGUUUGCUCUGGCUCGCUGGACGUUGCCCUGCUGCACCUGCACCAGAUGCCACCUGCAGCACCUCCAGACCACAGGCUGCACCUGCACCAGAUGCCACCUGCUAGUAGCACCAGCAAGCCUGAGAAUCACCUGCACCACACAGAAACUUCACUUCGAGACCAUAGCCUGCACCUGCACCAGAUGCCACCUGUGCCGUGCAAACCCAGGCUGCAACCAAUCACAGCCUCGGAUCCUGAUGAAGCAGCAGCAGCAGCAGCAGCAGUCCAACCACAGGAGGGUGUGGAUGCCGCACAAUCCAGCAGUCUGGUAGUCUCCCCCAUCCGUCCGUGUGCAAUGGUUCCUGAAUGUGGAUCAAUGGCUGUGGUCAUUGGCUAUGCCGUCUUCCCUCCUGCGAUUGCCACACCUCCUUCAGUCUUCGCUGGCAUUGUGUCUCGGAUUGUCACGGCGGACCAAUCGCAAAAACAGCAACAUUCCUCUGAGCCGCUUCCAACCACUGCAGACCGAGGGAAGUUGCCGUCGCAUGUAACGCCAGGGAGGGCGGCAGCCAUAUUGCUGACCACGGCAGCUGUGCACGCCGGCGCCAGUGGUGGGGCGGUGGUGAAUGUUGAGGGGGAGAUGAUUGCCCUUGUUACCAGCAACGCCAAGCACAACCGCCACGGCACCAUUCUUCCCCACCUCAACUUCUCCAUCCCCCUGCCCCUCCUCCUCCCCGUCUUCCACUUCGCUUCGGCUCUCCACUCCUCCCUCCAUACCUCCCACCAUCCCUCCUUCCACACCUCCCACCAAUCCUCCAUCCAUACCUCCCACCAAUCCUCCAUCCAUACCUCCCACCAAUCCUCCAUCCAUACCUCCCACCACUCCUCCCUUCCUCCCCCAUUCACCCCUGCAUGGGCCUAUAUCGUCCAUCCUCUAUUCUCCCGCUUUCUUCUUCCCCUCAACACCCCCUCGCCAGCUAUUGACUCCCUCUGGUCCCUCGCCCCCUCCUCCCACCUCACUCUCCCCGACAUCCCUCGUCCCCCACCAUCACUCUCUCGCCUGAUCACCCCGCAAGUCCAAGAAAAACGAGCCAGGUUGUGAGCACAUCACUCCUCAUGCAUGUUUCACGGCCCAUGUCUUCUCCCCUCUGGCUGGCUGCAUGUCGAUACUGACCAAACUGCCCAACACCGAAAUUCCGGCCAGCUCAACCAGGCGCAACAUUCGGAAUUCUGAAUCGAGCUUGCAAUAUAGUCAUAGGCGAAACCGCGAUCAUUGACAAGUGGGUUUCUCGUUUUUCAGGGCUACCCGCCUGCACACUUCCUUACCGAACCCAGCUCCCGAAGUCCACUUCCGUUGGGCCCACUUUCAACAAUGUCACCUGAGGUACAGUAGUUCGUGCAUUUCGGGUAACCCUUGUUCGCCAGCCCUUUCUCGAACCCAUGGAAAUGCGAUGUCGCAAAAACCUUGAGAAAGGCCGCGGGAACCCGCGAGCGUGGUCUCAAAGAAGCUUAGGAUACUAGCUAGGUAGCUGGGAUGAAGGAACGUAGGUAGGCUGCCACUAGGAAGCUAAGAAGGCCGCCAUGGAAUGGUGGCCAGGGUUUAGCUAGGGAAGAUAACGAGAGAGAAGAGGGUCGAUUAGGAAGAGAGAGGAGUACAAGGAGGGGAUUGUACCCUCUACAGAAAGGUUCAGUAACAACUAUCAAGCCUAUCAAUUAUAUAUAACUAAUA